GCUUUCCGGAGUGCCGAAUUUAUUCGGGGGACUUUCAUAGCUGGUUGGAUUUGGUUUGACAUCCGCCCAAACAGUCCGAUGGGCCUUUCGCCGAGACCCCUCGACCGAUGAAUCAGGAUGCCGGCGGGGCCCAACCCGUCCUCGUGCCUCCCCCUAAACUGCAGCUGGGACUCGAGCCGUAACGCCACCCCCGCGAACCGCGACUUGGACCUUCCCCCUCUCAACUACUACAGCCUGCCCCUGCUGACGUUCAUCACGGCGGCGUGCACGCUGCUCUCCGUGGUGGGCGUGGCCGGCAACGUCCUGACCAUCCUGGUGGUGGGCAAAUACCGCGACAUGCGCACCACCACCAACCUGUACCUCUGCAGCAUGGCCGUGUCGGACCUGCUCAUCUUCCUGUGCAUGCCGCCCGACCUCUACCGCAUGUGGCGCUACCGGCCGUGGCGUCUCGGCGACGCCCUCUGCAAGCUCUUCCAGUUCGUAUCCGAGUCGAGCACCUACUCGACCAUCCUGAGCAUCACGGCGCUGUCGGUGGAGCGCUACGUGGCCAUCUGCUUCCCGCUGCGGGCCAAGGCUCUGGUGACCAAGCGGCGAGUGCGCGCGCUCAUCCUGCUGCUGUGGUGCGUGGCCCUGCUGAGCGCCGGGCCCGUUUUCGUCCUGGUGGGCGUGGAGCGGGACCGCCCGGGAUUGGACGCCAACGGCACUCUUCGGAUGGACGAGGAGGAGGUGGAGGAGGAGGGCGGCGGGGGGGAGUACGGGGACACGCGGGAGUGCAAGAUGACGCGCUACGCCGUGGAGUCGGGCCUGAUGGGCGCCAUGGUGUGGCUGAGCUCCGUCUUCUUCUUCAUGCCCGUCUUCUGCCUCACGGUGCUCUACAGCCUCAUCGGCCGCCGCCUGCGGCGGAGGCAUCGGGAGACCAAUAUCAGCUCGUGCGCGGCGCACCGCGACAGGUGCAACAGGCAGACCGUCAAGAUGCUGGUGGUGGUGGUUCUGGCCUUCGUCCUGUGCUGGCUGCCCUUCCACGUGUGCCGCUACCUGCAGUUCCGCUCGCUGGACGCGCCGUCCCCGCUCUUGUCCGCCCUAUCCGAGCACUGCAGCUUGCUGUCGGUGGUUCUUUUCUACCUGAGCGCCGCCAUCAACCCCAUCCUCUACAACACCAUGUCCUGGAAGUAUCGCGGUGCGGCGGCGCGCCUCUUCGGCCUCGCCGGACAGCAGCUACCUCGGACACGCACCGCCAGCGCCCUCAAGGCCGUGGCGGACGGCUGGAUGGAAUCCAGCGUCAGCUUCUAA